CCCAGCGCCGGCCAACCGCCCUGGGCCCCUGUAGCAUCUAACCGCAAAGGUGUCAAUUCGAGAGACGCCCUAGUCGAAGCUCAUCGUCCACGAUCUCGGAGCUGCGCAUCACCCAUCCGCUCCCCUCGAACGACUGCGGCCGAUCCCAAUCAUGCGUUUCUUCACGGCUGCAAAGGCCCUCGUGGUCGCCGCUGUUGCUGCCUCGGCGCACAACAUCGUCCUCCCAGCCCACGGCGUCGAAUGUUUCUACGAGACCCUCCACAAGGAUGAUACCAUGACCGUGACGUUCCAGGUUGGCGACAGGGAGUUUGGGUCAGCAGGCAACCUCGAGAUUGACUUUUGGAUCAUCAACCCCAGCACAACAUACGAGUACAACGUAAAGUCCGUGACCUCGGGCGACUAUACCUUUACGGCGAAACAUGACGGACGAUUCUCCUACUGCUUUGGCAACCAGCACUGGGGGGCCAACACCAAAGAAGUCUCCUUCAAUGUGCAUGGAGUGGUCUACGUGAACGAGGCCGACAUGCCCUCUGAUCCCCUCGAGAAAGAAGUCCGCACCCUCUCCGAUCUUCUUGCCCAGGUCAAAGACGAGCAGCAGUACAUUGUCAUCCGUGAGCGCACCCACCGCAACACCGCCGAGAGCACCAACUCCCGAGUCAAGUGGUGGAAUCUGUUCAUUGUGGGUGUUGUUGUUGGCGAGUCCAUGUUUCAGGUCUGGUGGCUGAAGCGCUUCUUCGAGGUUAAGCGUACUGUAUAAAGGAGCUGUGUGUGGGAAGUUUGGGCGAACAAAAGAGGCUGGCUGGCUGGCUGCGUGUGCAUGGUAUUUGAUCUCUUGAUGGCGCACAAGGAAGGAAGGGUGUACGCGAUUCAAUGCAAGUUAUCAUGAACGUUUCGAAGAAAG